GUUUCGGAACAGACUUCGCGCUGGAGUAAAUUUCAUUUUUGACGUGAACCUGAACCCAGUGGAAACUCUGCGAGUAGUAAUCGAAAAAAAAUAAAACGGUACGGCGUGGCGCGCCUUUGAGAAAAAUAAUAUUAUAGAAUGGGGAGAUUAAAGAGGAGUAGUGUUAUACUUGUAAUAGUGUCGUUGUUAGUGGGAACAAAUGGCUUCCUCGUGCCUGGAGUUGCUCCUGUGGAGUUUAAACAAGGGCAAAAGAUCGAUGUGAAAGCAGUCAAAAUGACCAGUACUCAUACACAGUUGCCAUAUGAGUAUUAUUCUCUUCCGUUUUGUAUACCUAAAAAUGGAACUUUGGUUUACAAGUCUGAAAAUUUAGGAGAAGUAUUACGCGGUGACAGAAUUGUUAAUACACCAUACGAAGUAUCAAUGGCAAAAAACAUAAGUUGUAAACUGUUGUGCCAUGACCCAGCCAACCACAUGACAUGGACUGAGGAGGAAUCGCAACGUGUCAUAGAACGUAUUCAACAUGACUACACUGUGCAUUUGUUGAUUGACAAUUUGCCAGCUGCAACGAAGAAGGUUCAUCAAGACACGAACAACGUAAUCGUCUACCAUGGAUAUCGAUUGGGUGGUGUUAUGAACGGCCAAUAUUAUAUUAACAAUUAUCUGAAAUUAAAAUUAAGUUUUCAUAAAUACGGAGAAAACGAGUUUCGAGUAGUAGGAUUUGAAGUAGAAGCUCGCUCGGUUGAUGUAAAUCAAUUAAAGUACAACCAAGAUACUUGCAUCUUACCACCACACGCGAAUCCACAAUUUGUCAAUAGUAAAGGGACGACGCUUUUGUUUCUCUACUCCGUCGAAUGGAGGAAAUCUGAUGUAAGCUGGGCAAGCAGAUGGGAUAUAUAUCUUGGAAUGAGCGAUGUCGAGAUUCAUUGGUUUUCUAUCAUUAAUUCUCUGAUCGUAGUUCUUCUUCUUUCUGGAAUUCUGACGAUGAUCAUGAUUCGUACUCUAAGAAGAGAUAUCGCGCGAUACAACGCUGGUGAAUCCGACAGUCUAGCCGGCUUAGAUGAAACGAUCGAAGAAACUGGGUGGAAGCUAGUUCACGGAGACGUAUUUCGACCACCGCCAAAUCCCCGAUUAUUCGCUGCUGUGAUAGGCAGUGGAAUUCAGAUAUUCUUCAUGGCAUUGAUAACAAUAUUCUUUGCUAUGCUGGGCAUGCUUUCUCCUGCUAGCAGAGGAGCACUCGGAACUUGUGCAAUAUUUCUGUACGUGUUCUCUGGUUUAAUUGCUGGAUACUUCUCGGCUCGUCUUUAUAAAACAAUGCGUGGUCGGAAAUGGAGGCGAACAGCAUUAUUGACGGCAACGCUCUAUCCUGGAAUAGUAUUCACGACUUGCUUCUUUUUGAAUUUCUUCAUAUGGGGAAAGCAUAGUUCCGGUGCAGUACCAUUUACGACAAUGCUUGCAUUGUUAUGCUUAUGGUUCGGCAUAUCACUCCCUCUUGUAUAUCUUGGAUAUUUCUUUGGCUACCGCAAACAGCCAUUCACGCAUCCUGUUCGCACGAAUCAAAUUCCCAGACAAGUUCCCGAUCAAUUAUGGUACAUGAAUCCAGCGUUAUGUACGUUAAUGGCUGGAAUCCUCCCCUUCGGAGCUGUCUUUAUAGAAUUAUUUUUCAUCCUGACUGCAUUAUGGGAAAAUCAAUUUUAUUAUCUUUUCGGAUUCUUGUUUCUCGUUUUCUGUAUACUGGUCAUUUCCUGUUCUCAAAUAUCCAUAGUUAUGGUCUAUUUCCAGUUAUGCGGGGAAGACUAUCGAUGGUGGUGGAGAAGCUUUAUCGUUAGCGGAGGAUCGGCUGUAUAUGUUUUAGCCUAUUCGGUCUUCUAUUUUAUGACGAAACUAGAAAUAACAGAAUUAAUUCCAAUACUUUUAUACUUCGGUUACACGGGACUGAUGGUGUUAACGUUUUGGUUACUGACGGGUACAAUCGGAUUCUUCGCGGCUUACGCCUUCAUUCGAAAAAUAUAUGCUGCUGUAAAGAUAGACUAGUCAAACUGAUCAUUGACGAGGUCAAUGAUACAAUAAAAGAAGGUAAAACAUUUUCAACAAAGAA